CCUCUGCCCUGGAGGGACGCAUGCGGCUGGAGCAGAGUCCCGGCUGUCUCCUGGAGCUGAACCAACCAUCCUAACGGAGGCGGUCGGUGUGUUCCUCCCCCUCUCGGAGGUUUCCCGACGGCACGCGUCGUUCAGAGCAGACGGCUGUCCCCCAGCGCGCUGCGCCGCCGACCGGCAGAAAGCAGCGUGCCAGAUGGAUCUGCGCUCUGCCGCUGCUGCGUCGCAUCUCUCAAAGUGAGAAGACUCUGCCAACGUGCGUCCCCUGCUUCACAAACUUGGACCGCUGCCUCUGUUCGUGCAAGAUCCAGGGUCCUCUCCAGCUCUGCAAAACCUCUGCUGACUAACGAUGUGGUGGUGGACGCUGGUGUGACACCGCAAAGGGACUUCACAGCCCAGAAGAACUGUUACUAAACUACUUACAAAAUCAACUUUUCCCUCUGUGGAGUGCGCUGGGAAUAACUGGAUUGCUAACGCACAUAGGAAAAAUGGGAUGGUAAAAACUAUGUGGAGUCGUUCCUGAGGACCGUGUCGCUGCUCUCCGCGGGUGCAUGGAGACGAGCAGCCCGAGGAUGACGGGCGUGACCCGGGAGGCGCCUGUGAACUCCUCUCCGGCGGUGGCGUCCAACGCAGAGGGCGAGGAGAUCGAGGUUUUGGAAAGCACCGACGUCCUCCCCUUGGCUCCAGAGGACCAAUGGAAGUCGCUUUUUGACAAGUAUGACCCAGAUAAUUCAGGCUUCAUCAGUACCGAGCGGUUCAGGGACUUGCUGGCGACCCACGGCUCUGAGCUUGACCCCCACAAACUGGAAGUCCUAUUGGCCCUCGCUGAUGGCAAUGCAGACGGAAAGAUCUGCUACCAAGACUUCGUCAACCUGAUGAGUAACAAGCGCUCCAACAGUUUCCGGAGGGCCAUCUUGCAGGGGAGCAGACAGCUUAAAGGCUGCAGUCUCAGGGAUGAGGCAGGCUUGGGGCUUUCUCAGCGGCUGGUCCGGCACGUCGCCUACGAGACGCUACCCCGCGAAGUCGACCGCAAGUGGUACUUCGACAGCUACACCUACUGUCCCCCACCCUGGCUCAUCCUGGCUAUCACCAUUGCGGAGGUAGCCGUUUUCAUGUAUUAUGGGUUCCAGCUGGACCGCCUGGUCCUGCAGGUAUCCAGCCCUUCCUUCCUAAAGAGCCCCUUACCGUAUCACCCCCAGCUGAGAGCCCAGGCCUGGAGGUACCUCAGCUACAUUUUCAUGCACACUGGGAUUGAGCACCUGAGCCUGAACAUGGCCAUGCAGCUGCUGGUGGGAGUCCCUCUAGAAAUGGUCCACGGAGCCCUGCGGAUAGGAUUGGUCUAUGUGUGUGGUGUGCUGGCAGGGUCUCUGGCAGUGUCUGUCACGGAUAUGACAGCUCCAGUGGUCGGCUCAUCCGGUGGAGUGUACGCUCUGGUCUCAGCGCAUUUGGCCAAUGUAGUAAUGAACUGGUCGGGAAUGAAGUGUCAGUUUAAGUUAUUCCGGAUGGCCAUGGCUCUGGUUUGCAUGAGUGUAGAGUUUGGUCGGGCGGUGUGGCUGCGGUUCUAUCCACCUGCCUUUCCUCCGUGCCCCAACCCCAGCUUUGUAGCUCACCUGGGCGGGGUGGUGGUUGGACUUACGCUGGGCGUGGUGGUCCUGCAGAACUACGAGCAGCGACUCCAGGAGCAGUCCCUGUUCUGGAUCUUCUUUUGUGUCUACACCUUAUUUGUGCUCUGCGCUGUCUUCUGGAACAUCUUCGCCUACAGCUUGCUUGAUGUGCGACUGCCCCCACCCCCUUGACUUGCUUAUUAGAGGCAGCCUAGACACUGUAUGCCCUUUUUUUCCUCUCCAUCGGUAGAUGUCUAGCCGCCUGGCUGGAUGAGUCACCCCAGCCCUCAGAUUCUGAGUUUCACCGUGGGGUGAUCAGAGUCGUCUGACAGCCUACAUCCAGCGCUCUGAUGCGGUGGCCCUUACUGUUGGUCUCGUUAUACCUUUUUCAGCCCUCCUGCUCCCCUUUCAGAGUCAAGCCUUCCCAUUGUUUCCGCUUACCUUACAUACAAGCUAACCUCCACCUGUCUUCAUCUCUGCUGGAUGUUUGUCUCGAGAGUGUCAGUCAGUGGGACUUUUAUUGACAACACAAUUACAAAUGAGAAGCCUCGGAUCUUACGCAACAAACAGGAACAGUCUGUGCAUAUGGCUUAACCUUCUCUGCCUCUUCCUCCUCAAUCCAACGGUGCCUUCUCAUGGAGACGUCAGCCUGAUGAAAGUAUUUCUGCACAGUUGCCUCUCGUGUAGGGUGACAGGAGUAAAACCCUGCAGUAUAAACCGUUUUCAGACAGAAGAGUCCCUGAAAUUCCUCUGCUCUGCCUGCGGCCUUAUCAUCAGUGAAUAAAGAAUAAGGUCAUAUGAGAAUUUAGGCUUAGUUGCCGUUUUGUCAUCAUUACAAGCAACUCAUAAGCAGGAGAGGUUGAGAUUUAACAGAUAGCAGGAUAGCUAAACCUCUCAAUGUUUGUAGGGAAAGCAUGGAGUAUAUAGGCUACACAGCAACCUUCAAAACGUUAUUAUGAAUUAACCUUUGAUGGAAGGUGUGGGUUACGAUUCAGUGUUCAGCCUUUGGCACUUGCCCAGAGAAGGAUUCAUUUGUGUUCAGCACUAUUCGAACCUAAAACUUGUGUCUUGAUUUUUUUUUGUGUGUGUGCAAGUAUGUGACAAUUGUACCACUGUGUGUACAUAUUUAAAAAAAAAAUAAAGAAGUAGAAGUGCCAUUCAGACUUUUAAGCUUUUAAAAAUAAUGCCAAAACAUUGCUACAAGCACAGGGGGUUAAAGCACAUCCCCUGACAAGAUUUGCUUUCGUGCAGGCAAAAUUAAUCUAAUUUUGUCUGUAAGGAGUUGGUUGGUUAAAUGUAUCAGAAAAUGUCCAUGAUUUCUAAACAAUCUCUCACUGACCCAGAAAUGCAGUCUUGUCAUUUUGUUGGCAUUUUCAGUGAUUUUUGUGAUUGGUUAAAAAUUGCAAAGAAGUAGCUGAGGUUUAUGUAUUGAUCGGUGAGGUGGUGAGUUAAAGCAAAGUGGGAUUAGACUAAUGAAAACAUUCACCACUGGGGGCAGCAGGCCCAUUCUGAAUACAUCUAAUCUCUUCUCAUUACCAAACGUAGAAGAGCACACAUGCUUGACCUCGACUACAUCCGGGCUGGGGUCGUUUCAUUCUCGUAUCAGGAGGCAAUGGGGGAGAGAAGUAAAUCAAUGCUCCCUCAUUAGUUCCUGUCACAACGUAAAUUGUUAAUUGAUUGAACUGCGAUAGAAAACGACCCCAGACCUGAGCUGUAGGUCUCAAACUGUACUGUACUUUAACCUCAUGUUACACUGGUAACUGCUUCGCACAAACAUUAUUAAAAUGUAAUUAUAUACAGAUUAAUAUUUUAACAUGUAUUUGCUGUUGAUGUUUUUUUACUCUGUGAUAUUGGUAUGCUGUGUAAAUUGUUUGGUCAGUCUGCAUUGUAAUACAUUAGCUACAUCCUGUAUGUAUACUAUUUAAAAAUUGGGACAAGAUGGUCUGGGUUGUAUACAAUAAGGGCUAUGAAACAAACAUGCGUGAGGGGUAAAUCGCUGAUAAUAUUUUAACAUUGUGCAUAUUUUGUAGAUUUGAUAUGUACAUACUGGAGUACAUUAAACAGUUUUAUACAGAAACAAAUGAUGUUUUUCUUUGGAUUUU